UGUUGAUCCCAACACACUGGUUUGAUGUAGUCUACACAUUGUUGUUCAAGUCUUGUUGACAUUUAAUAUUCAGUAAAACUGUAACAGCUUAAAACUUUGUCUUCAGUGAAUGAACUGCAGUUAGGAAUGACCACAAAAACAGUUUAUAUUUCUGGAGGAGGAUUUGCAGCAUAAACUUCCAUUCCAGGCAGGGGAACCCCACCCUUCUGGAUUGAUUGAUUGAUCAACUUUUUUAAUACGUGCCGUGGAUUAUCGAGACAAAGCAAGUCAAUGGCUGAGCAAGUUACUGUUGAAACAAAUGCCUGGUGACACACAAAGCCAAGUUCAUACAUCACAACACAACAAGAAAAUGAGAGAAGUUUCAACAAGAAAACCAUCACUUCGAUAAAUAUUGUCCAAAGUCUUCAAUUCCCUUUCCUUGUUGUCACUAUAGUGCUGUGUGGCCUUCAUCAGAAACCAUAAUAACCAUGGCCUGCCAACCAACCAAAGAAGUCUUCAAAUGAAAUAUUAGAAUGAGCCAUCCUCCGAAACUUCAUCUAGCCCCCUCGGUUAUGUCAGAGACGCCUUCUUCAAUCGCAACAAACUCACUACUGGAUUCUGUGCAAGGUGUUAAUUUCAAGAAAGAUAUGGCAGCCCGUCAAAGCACCAAGAAAUUGAGUGGCACUUCAUCGGGACGACAACAGACCUCUGACAAUGACGAGUUUAUGGCUGCUGCUAUUGGAGACACUGCUUGGUUGAAACAAUCAUUAAGAUCCGGGAGAGAUCCAUCUCUGUAUGAUCGCAAUGGACUCGCAGCAAUUCAUCUGGCAGCACUCCAUGGUCGCAUAGAAUGUUUAAAGCUUUUGGUCGAGAGGUAUCGUGUAGAUGUGGAUUUACCAAGCACCACAGGAUGGAGACCGCUACAUCUGGCAAUCAACAGUCGUACAGGGAAGCGUUCUCUACAGUGCCUUCAGUAUUUGAUCGAUCAAGGAGCUAAUCCUUCAUUAGUUAAUGAAGAUGAUUUGACACCCGCACACCAGGCAGCAAUUGAGGGCAGUGUUCGAUGUUUAGAGGCGCUAAUCAAAGCAAAUGCUGCCAUUGAUCUGCCAGAUGACAAAGGUCAUAUCCCACUGGACUAUGCCAAGAUAUGGGGUCACCGGAGGUGUGCUCGUAUUUUAGCAUCUGAGGGUUGGAGACAGGGGAAAGAAUACCAAGCUGGUGAGAUGGAGAAGUUGAAGUACCUCCGCACCUUGAAGGAAGCUGAUGAGAAGGACGAGGAGGAAUCCAAGCUGGCUGAGAAAGAAUUUUACGGCAGUUUGUCUUUCACAAACUGGCUUGACGAGAGAGGAUUGAAGCCAAAGCCAAUUGGACCUCCAUUAAUCCGGACAUCUAAGCCAGAAGUAGUUGUUAAGAAAGACAAUUUGAAAAAGGGGACAAAUAGUCUUUAUAAAGCCAACAGUAUGGCAAAAGGCAAACCAGUUACUAAGGAGCAACUUAAGGUCCAAGAAAGAGGCAAAGUCUCAGAGGGGUUGUCACCAAGGGCUAAGCAAGGCAGGAGACGUGAAGAGGUACCAAAGACUAAAGGUGCAGGGGAAUCCAAAAACAUCCCUCGCAUUGCCGUCAACGCAUCAAAUGGUUUUAACAAAUCUAGACUGGAAUCGGCCAACAUCCCAGACUUACCCGAUGAUCUUGUUGAGCAAGUUAUUCACCACAAGCCUUCCCCACAUGAGCGUCCUCUAAAGUUUAAAUGCAAAAACAUUAUCGAUGCGCAACACCGCAGAUUAUUCUCAGAUGAUGUCAAGAAUGAAGCAGAGAUGUACGCUCACAUCUCAGACUGUUUGGACUCCAAAUUAUUCCCGGGAAACGCUCGCUUGUUGCUGGAGACGAGUUCCAGUUCUCACUCGAGUAAGAACAGUAGCUCGAACUGGCAUGAUCUUGAUGUUGAAAGAGUCUCUAAGAUGAUGAAAGAGCUAUCUAAACCUGUUACGUUCCCGGCUAUUGAGGGACAUAGUUAUAAAUAUUCAUUUGAAGUCCUUUGAUAAAAAAUCAAUUGAUUACAAGCUUAUUAACUGAUUACAAGUUAAUCCUUACCAACUGAUUAUUAGUUGAUCCUGAAUAAACUCAACUGGUUAUUAGCUGAUCCUGAUCAAACUCAACUGAUAACUCAACUGGUUAUCAGUUGAAGUGAUUAACAGUUGAUCCUGAUCAACUGGUCAACAAUCGGUCCUGAUCCUACUGAUCACAAUUAAUCCUGUGAUCAACUGAUCAGUAUCAACUGACCAGCAAUUGAGCCUGAUCAAUGAGUACACUUCAUUGGAAUGAUUGGAAAGGAUAAAACCCAUUUCCUACUUGACUUCUUCUGAUAAGAACGCAAAAGAUGACAAAAUGUUUGUAAAUAGUCUCUGCCUCUAGUUUAAGUGAUUUGAAUUAAUUGAAAAGUGUAUACAAUUUUAAUGUUUUAAACAAAUUUUUGUACAUUAUGCCAUUAUAAAAACAAAAUAAAUUUAAUUGAUGAAAAUGAACAGUUGUCAAGUUGAUCAUUAUUGACAAGCACAAAUGUGUAAAAUGAAUAAAAACUGUAACAACAUUUCCUCUCAUCUACUAGUCCAAAAAAGAUCCCUUAAUUUUUUAAACAUCGUUAAGAGACACAUUUUUGUAACCAAACAUGCUUCAGUAAAACUCGCUACAAAAACAGUUUUCUACAGUUUUGAUUAUUUUUAUUGUAUAAACAUAACAUUAAAUUCCCUUGACAAAUACUGUUUAGUUAAAGGUCGAGUCAUAGAUUGGAGAAACACUAAAAAAAUAAAGACCCAUAGAAACUUACUUGAUGAGAAGCAGUGCACUGUUGCUAGUAUAAACUUUUAAUAAUGUUUUUGUGAUACUGUGGCAGUUUUUGUCUAUAUCUCAAUAGGUUGACACUUCAGCUGAAACUGUCAGCUUGAUUGUGAAAUUACUUUGCCCACAAAUCAGCAUUACAUUCACAAAUCUAAUCUAUGACCCUACCUUUUACUUUAACUUCAAGAGAUGUUUGUUACAACAUCUGAAUACAACAAUGCAUUUUUUAAGAAAGCACAAUUAUACUCAACUGUGGCAAUCUUAUUGAAAUACAGUUUGCGCUCAGAAGCACACAUUAUUUCAAUUGUUAUAACUUUAUUUUAAAGGAAGUGGUUAUAACCAUUCCAAAUAUUAUUAAAGUAAGCUCUGCAGGCACAAAUAUUUUCUCAAAAUGUCUCACCUACAAUGCUCAAUCUCCUCAAAUAUGACUUAACAUUUAAACAUUUCAAUUAUAUAGUUAAGAUUAGUUAAAAAAGUACUUUGUAAGAAACAGGUUUAUGAAAGGGAAAAUCCCAAAAGUACUCAAACAUUGUUCGAAGAAAUUAACCAAAAAUAUUCAGAUACUCACAAGAUUUUACAGUAGACCCUGGCUUGAUUUUUCAACUCCAUAUAAACUAUUUUGUGAAUAUGAGUUGCCCUAAGACUAUUAUAACUGAGCAUACAACACGCACAUGUAAAUGUAUCACUUCAUAGAUGCAAGUGCUUACAUUUAAAACCCUGUGUUUAAACGUGUACAAAAAUAAUAAUAGUUUGUCUUGUUUGAAUCCCCUCUGACUCAAUUCAUCCGACAUCAGCAUCACAAUAAUCUUAGUGCGCAGCGCAUUUUAGGCAAUGCGGUGUUCACACAUACGCUUACCAUGUAAAAUGUACAGACAGUUUGACUCAUCAAUGGCGCGCACGGUAGACAGUAGUUACGUCAGAUGUAAAUGCAAGAGGUCAGUAUGCCAAAAUAACUCCAAAAGACUAACUAGUUAUAGCUGAUUAUUUUUUUUUAAUCAGAAUGAUUUAAAAAAAGGUGAAGACUUCUUGUCUACACCAAUUGAAGCACAACUUUGUUACAAGUAUUAUUAUUUUUUUCAAAUGUUGUCUAAAGAGUCAAUUUACUUUGUAAUAUCUUUGACUUCUCAUUAGCUAUGUACAAAACUACAUGCUUGGCAAAAAUACAGUUAAACUAAGUCCCCCCCC